GGCUAAUUGUUGAUUCACCUACCAGGUGUGUGGUCCUCACCCAGUCAAAAUGGCAGCUGAUAAGACAAUGUGCCUGAUUCAAGAGUACAACAAAUGUGAAAGGACAUUUGUAAGUUAAUUUUACAAAUGCACAAGAACCUUGUUGUUUAUGAAAUCACAAUUAUGAAAGAUGAAAGAGUUAUCUGUGUACUUUUGCUUUGCAUCCUUCCCAUCUAUGCUACUGACACCAUACCCAUUGGAAUGUUCAGAACUGAGUGUCAGGAUCGCCACUUCUGGCUGUCAGUCAAGUCGAGCCUCCUUGGUCAGAAGUUUAGGUUUGAUGUUGAAGAUGGCAGUGGAGCCCACACCCUCUCAGGCCAGGGGGCUGCAGAAUGUGGCUACACCAUGGUGCUGGACUCCUGGGGGGACCUGGUCCUCCGUGCCUCCUACCUGGCUUGUCAUGUACACAAUCAGAGAUGUUGACGGUGAGGAGAUGUCCUACCCUCUCCAGCUGACCUGCCCUUUACACCAGCCAUGGAAUCCCCGGGAGAUAGUCUGUGAGGAGAACUAUAUGGAGGUGUCUGCCAUAAAACAGGUCCCUCCUGCCAACCACAAGGGUCUGGAAUGGAUGACACCACCACCUGUGUGGUCGGAGGAGGGUCUGAGGGAGUGGCGUGUGGUGUUCCGGGUGCCAGGUGACCAGCAGGGGAGUGAUGGGAGACCCUCUAUGAAAGAGAAGACCCUGCCUGUAGAGAUGGCCCAUCUCCUGGGCUACCACAUCAACACCACAGAGACACGUGUUCUGCUGCGCUGUGCCUAUGGCUCCCGCCUCGCCUACAUCCUACAGGAGAAAGGUAUCGAGGUGGAGGUGGUCAGUGCCACCAUUCUUUACAAACACCACUGGACACUUCUAAGAGUGGAUGCCUCGGUUGCUUGCACCACAAACAAGGCCUCCAUGGAUGGGAAGCACAUUCUGUGGAGGUUCCCCAAGGUGCUGUCCACCCUGGUGCAGCCCCCCUUCAGAGACAAGGGCCUGACGGUGGGAGUGGAGGGACGCUACCUGAGUGACUGUGUGGCCCGUCAGAGAGGAUAUGACAUACAGGAACAGGAUGGAGCUGUGGAGAUCAGGAUUCCAUUUGGUGCAGAAGGUGGCUACGUCAAGAGCCAGGUGGUGGAUGGCCAGUACUCCCAGUCCUAUUUCAUUGACCUGUUCUACAUGCACCAGUGGGAGGAUUCUCAGUCGGCUCACACUGAAUACCGCUCCUUUAGACCCCUUUCUAUCAUCCAUCUGCCUCAGACACCAAUCCUUAUAAACAAAACCAAUCCCUCUGAGGGACAGUUCUCUGUGUCUCUGGGCUUGUUCCCUCGUGACGUGUCUCUGUCCAACAUCACCGUGGGGGACCAGUCCUUGGCAGAGCAGCUAGGGGUUUACCUCUCACAGGUCCCCUUCCCCAAUGGCACCCAUGCCUACCUACUGAAGACCCCCUUCUCACACCAUCUGGUCUCCCAGAAGUAUCUUGGGCAGGGGUACAGGAGGUACAGUCUGGCAGUGACCUUCACUCUUACCAUCUCCCCCCACUCUGACCUGUACCACCACCCUGCCACCGUAGAGGCUGUCCUACAGGAUGUUGUCCUGCCCAGAGUGGAUGGGGGGUGCUCUGAUAAAGGGGUGCGUCUGCAGCUGCACUACGGAAACAUGGACACCCAGUGGGAGGUGUACGUGGGGGGUCGCAGGCUGGACUGGGAGCUGGUGGAGUUGGGCGACUACGCCCUAGAGACCAGGCAGGACUACUUCAGUAUGGUGAUCCCUCUUUACGGCCUUGGCAUGGCCUACGAGGGUCUGAGUUUGCAGGGGCUGGUGGUAACUGUGAAAAUUACACUGGAGGACAGAGAGACGGCCAUACAGGAGCACACCUUCACCCAGCGCUGUGUCUUCCUUGUGAAGGAACUACUGGUGUGCCUCCCAGACAGCAGGAUGGUGGUGUUGGUGGAUACAUCCAGGGUUUCUUCAGCCGUCAACCCCAGGCUAACAUCCCUGCUGGAUGCCUCCUGUGUUCCCAUAGAGACUGAUGGAGCUAGGGCUCUGUACAGCUUCUCUCUAGACUCCUGUGGCACCUCCACAACUCUGGUGGAGGAUCACCUGGUGUACACCAAUGAAGUCCGGUAUCGGCCCAAAGUCCCCAUAGAUCUGAAGACCCUCAGCUCCCCAUAUCCCCAAUUCAGUAUCCCAAUUGGUUGCAUCCACCCAGCGAAUGGGACCCGUGCCCUGACAAUCUACCAGCCCCGGGCCCUCCCUGCCUGGCCCCACAGCCGAGCCUCUCGCUCCCACCACCAUCACCCAGGGUCCCAGCAACACCCCUUCAUCAGAGGAAGAAAACGUAAUGGGCUACCAGCUGGAGGUUGACAUCAGUAGCAGGCCCCCUGUCCUCUGAGGUGUACCCGUACCAAUGAUAAACCUGGUCACCAUGAUGCCAGGGGGUCCUGGCAUUAUCGUUGUAU